CGAAGUGAGAGUGGGUGACAUGACUGAGAGAGGGAUGGGAUUUUGUUGCGCAUGGACACCAUUCAUGCCAGCGGAUAUUGUGCGAAGGUGCCCAUUAGAGUGAACAUGCGCUCCCUGAGGUCUUUUAAGCGGUACAUGAGAGACUUUAGGUGCUUGUUGGGUUGUUUUCCCCGAAAAUUCAAGUUUACGACGUCUGCUCCGCCGAAUAAUGAAAUACAGCGCCACUGCCCCUAUGAUCAGGACUGCAACAACACCGCCUACUGUUCCUCCUACAAUAGUGCCAACGGGCGGCUUUGUGCUCGUGCUGGAGGAAAGUGGGUUCGAAUCGAGGGCAAUUCUCUCUGCGGGAGUAUCUUCUUUCGCAACCGCAAUACCUUCUUUUAAAAUUGCCAGGGCUCGAGCGUUAUCAAUAAAAAGAAAGACGUAGAAUGGCCACACACGCAAAUGAAAAGCGCAUUGUAUAGCCAUUCCCGUUGCUCUCCAGAUACGUUGAAUUCCGAAGAAACGUGGAUAGAGUGGCUCUAAAUGGGCAAGAUGGUGAUUAUAUCCAGGUCGUAGGGAGGGAAAGACCUGAGAGAUUAUCUGGUCACUGCUGCGGAUACAAAAACACCCAGACGCUGAGCCACUCGCGCGAAAGCUUU